GUUCUUCAAGCGCCAUAGACAUGCGAGAGAGGUUCUUGAGGCGCACUCGACGAAGACUCUUCUGUUACCGGCGGAGACGCGUUUCGGCACGAACGUCAUCAUGAUAGAGAGGCUGGUGGCACUGAGGGCCGCGUUGACAGAUGUGGCCGACGAUCGCUGGCGCGAGACUGUUUGGUCGACCAGCAAGAUCCGCAAGGAUGCAGCGGAGGUCACUGCAUGUAUCGGCUCCCCUCCAUGGUGGGAGGAUUUGAGAGCUCUGUGCAAGAUGCUAGAGCCCGUCAUGGGCAUGCUGAAGUUGGUGGACAGCGACACACGCCAGAUCAGCAAGAUUCUGCGACGUUACGAGGAAAUGAUUGCAUCUUGUUUAUCCGCAUGUCGUGACAUUGAUCGGGAGCAGCAGGACGCUAUUGUGGAGGUGUUCCACAGGCGGCGCACCAUGUUCAAGACCCCCGCCCACACGGCAGCCAUGCUGCUAGAUCCAGAGUUCCGGGAUGCGACGCUUUGUGACGAUGCGGAGGUGCAGCAGGCCUUGGUCGAGGCCCUUGUCCAGUUCGGCUACCCGGAGGAUUCGCCGCAGCACCGGGAGGUCCAACGAGCAGUCGCCAAUCUCCACACGAGGGAGCCCCCUUUCGAUGAGCUCACCAUGCGGCGAGCUGCGGAUAUCUUUGAUCACCCUGCCAGUUUUUGGUCCUCAAAGAAGGCGAAGUUCCCUCACAAAGCCGUGUUUGCAGGCAGGAUCCUUCGUAUGUGGGCGACCGUCUCACCGUGCGAGAGAGCGUGGUCUCGUUGGAGCUUCAUUCAUUCGAAGUCUCGCAACAGAUUAGAGGUUCCCCGGGCUGAGAAGCUUGUGGGGUGCCACUUGAACCUCAGGCUACUCGAUCGACCUUCAUUGUGCGACGAUGGUGUUGGAGAGAGGCCCGGCGUCUUCGGGAAAUGGGUGCAUUAUUGGAAGGCCGUGGAGGAUGAGGCAGUUGUGGACCAACAGCUCGUCAGAGGCACCGGUGUUCUGGCGAAGGUGACCGAGGAGGAGUUGAGCCUCGCGAGAGAGAGGAUGCGCGCCAUUUCCCGCGUGGGAGCCGAGCGUCGGGUGGCGGAGUCGGACAGGGGGCGACGCAGGGCUGGUGGUCGGGGACAUGGCGGCCGUGGACGAGCAGGUGUCGGAGGACGUACACGUGGCGAUGCGGGUUCCGCUCCUCGGACUCGGCGACAGUGGACGGAUGGUGGCAUUCGCAGGGCCCGCAUGCGUUGGGACGAGGGUGACUUCUUAUUCGACAGCACAUCCAGCGACGACGACGAKUUCUUUGCACGUCGUGUCCACAUUGCGAUCGACAUGGGGGCACGUGACAUGCGGCAAGACCCGGUUGCCGUGUCAGAGGACGAGAUGGGAGAUCCUUCCAACGAGACGCAGCGCGACCCGGUUCAUGCAGAGGAGCUAGCCUCGAACACUGAUGUGAUAGUGACGGAGGAGGAUAUAGGGUUCAGGAUCACUCAUCCCCGGUCGCCAGCGCCGGUUGUUGGCACAGAGGAGGAGACAGAGUUCGGAGGACUCGGUCCACUCCGCCAGGCGCAGACUCGGUGCACUCCAGCAGGCGCCCCAGUCCACUCCACAGGAGCGGGUCUGGAGGACGGCGAGGCACGACGUGAGCCGCCUCCUCACACGAGUGACGGCGGUCUAGAGGAGGGAGAGGUUGCACCCACUCCCACUUGUAGAAAGGACGGGAAGGACGAACGUCCUCCGACGGACCACCACGUCGGCCUCGACUGCCCGUCCGACAGUCUUCCGCCCACCGACGAGCUAUUCACCAUGGAUUCCGCCUUGGCAUCUCUGCCCGAUAUAUCGCUACUGACAUCUCCCACUUUGCCGGUUGUGGCACCACCGGAGCCUGCUAGACGAGAUGACGCGCGUCGUAACAGAGGGUUCGACGAGUUCGGCGGCGACACGAUACYRCAUCCUCCAGAGUCCGACACUCCCGCCAUUUUUCAUGUCGGUGCACCGUGGGCGGUGGAGCAGGGGUUGGCGGAGGAGGUAGCACGGAACCGUCGUGGUGGACCGCACGUUGCAGCUCAACGUAGUCUGGAAGGUUCACUAGAGGCAGCGUCUGGAGAUUUUUUGGCGCAGGGGGGUCAUGGUUCGCAGCUGUUAUCGGACGGCGUGUCAUCAGUCCAUCCACCAGAGGAGGGCCCACAGCAAGAGCCACAUCGAGGGUCUGCGGAGACUUUAGAGGCGAGGCCUCCCGGAGUUAUCCGCUCGGACGGAGGCGAGGACGUGAGCGAGGAUACAGUGCAGCCAGGGAGCGCAGAUGGUGGACGGUCCUUCAGGGGGGGCAUCGAGCGCAGAGGUGCGGGCAUGGACCGGAGGGCGGGCGAUAUCGGACAGACAUCAGCAUAUGGACCGACAGAUGUGCCCGCGGGGGCGCGAUCGAUCGGCAACGUCGAUGGCACUUGUCAUGAUUCCAUGAGAGCUUACGAGGAGCAGCAUGGGAGGCCUAUACGGGCCAUGACGAGCGAUGUCAACGACACCAGGACGGCAACUGCGAGGCUGUCACGGGCGAGGAAGAAGGGAACAGGUGUGUCGAUUCCGUAUCACCGGCGCCGCCUUCAUCCUUUUUUCCGCAACAGGGACGAGACCAGACAGAUGCCAGCUGCCGCAGAUGGACAGGGGGGGGCGGAGGGAGGUGACAGAGUGGACGAAACAGGUCGAGGUGAGAAGAGACGAGGCGGGACGAUCAUCCUCCACGACGACAACUCCACAGCCGCCGAGGGCGGUGAGACCCAGGCGCCGACGAUCCUGAUGACUCCGAUUACGUCCCGAGGAUCCGUACGCCGGACGGAGAUGACGAUGGAGGUCGUCGCGUGAGGAUGAGGACUGGACCUGGCCCGGAUGGUCAUUGCACCCCAGGGGCACAUUUGCCACCUAU